AUGACAUACACCACGAUCGUUGCUGACGGCUUUGCUGCGUCGGCCAUCUUUGAGCAGCUCGCUGGCCAGCUGCCUCGCCCGGACAUUGUGGGCAAGGUCAAGGGCGUGUACCUGUUCAACCUCAAGGCUGGCAAGACCAAGCAGGCGUGGACGGUCGAUCUCAAGAACGGCGGCGGAUCGGUGGCCAAAGGCAAGGUCGGCAAGGCAGACUGCACCAUCUCCAUGUCUGACGCCGACUUUGUUGAUCUCAUGGCCGGCAAGCUCGACGGAACCGAGGCGUACAUGGCCGGCAAGCUCCGCCUCAAGGGCGACAUGGGCCUUGCCAUGAAGCUCACCGUUCUUCAGACCGAGGCCAAGAAGGCCCACGCCGCCGGCCCGUCCGCCGCUGCUUCAUCUUCGGCCGCUUCGUCGCUCGCCGCCGAUGGCUUCCAGGCCGGUGCGGUCUUUGACGAGCUUGCGUCACGGCUGGCGUCGUCACCCGAGCUGGUCAGCAAGAUCAAGGGCGUGUUCCUCUUCAACCUCAAGGCCGGCAAGGUCAAGCAGGCUUGGACCGUCGACCUCAAGAACGGCGCCGGCUCCAUCGUCAAGGGCAAGGCCGGCAAGGCCGAUUGCACUGUCACCAUGUCUGACGCCGACUUUAUCGAUCUUAUGACCGGCAAGCUCGACGGGACUCAGGCGUACAUGGCCGGCAAGCUCCGCCUCAAGGGCGACAUGGGCCUCGCCAUGAAACUCUCGCUCCUCGGCGACGCCAACAAGUCCAAGCUGUAG